AUGAAUGAUUUGUUCUCGCUCAAUCUCUCCUUAUCUACCGAUGGAAAAACAAAAGAAGGUGUAGCAUAUAAAAUCAUCCUUCUUUAUAGCCCCUAUCGAGAGGUUAAGAUGACCCUAAAAAUAGUUCGAGUUAAAUUAUAUGAUUUUUUCCAAUUGAUGGUUAGAUAUUUGCAUAAGAACUCUCGUUGCGGAACAACCUCUUCUUUAAAUAGUAAUUGGAUUUCUUCUUCUGCAUACAUUAGUAUGCAGAAGUAUCGUCCUAUAGCAUAUAUUGGUGGAAUGACCUUAAUAGCGUUUGUUUCCGUGUGGAUUUUUAUGCAAAAACAUAUAUCUGAAUGUGAUACGGAUUCUGAAGAUUCGAAAAAUUCGAUCAAUUCGAAUAACUCUAAAAACUCGAUUAAUUCUAAAAAUUCGCAUGUGGUGUCCAAAAAUGCAAAAUAUGGUGGAUUUUCUCCGAUCCGUCGGGAGAGAGUCACGAGCACCAUCAGACGCAAAAAGGUAACUUCUCAAAAUACCUCGAGGAGGUGUGAAGUUAAAAAUGUUAUCAACAAUGUACAAAAUAGAAUUUCUAUUACUCUUAAUAAAAUUAGAUCAAUUCAAAUCGAUGAUGUUACCUGUGAUAAUGAUGAUUUAAUGAACGUAGAGUCUCCAUCAUCAUUAUUCUUAAACGCUGCCUUCGAAACCGUUGAACAAGAUAGAUAUGAUCAAGAUGUUCGUCUUGCGACUAAACUCGAAAAACAGAUAGAAUUAGAGAAUGAUGUCGAAUUUAUCCUUAAUAUGAUUAAUAAAGGAUCAAAAGACUCUUAUUCUAAUGGUGAGAGUUGUUGGAUUAGUAAUGAUUAUUCUACUAUCCCUGUGAAUAUUAACGACUCACAGAAAUCCGGAAAAAAAGUAGUAACUUUUGCAACACUUGCAUCAGAUAUUGAACAAGCGUCCCAACGUAGAAUAAUAAGAGAUUUUGAAAUACUUAAAGUUUUAAAACAAAAGAAACUCACCGAAGAAAUUACCGAAGGAAGUUUAAAAAGUGCAAUUGAAAUUGUAAAAACACAAUCUUUAGCAAGAGCUAAAAGCACAAGGCGAUUAAAGCGACCACAUAAGAUGAGUUAUGAGAUCGAUAAUGUUAAUAAAAAGUUCCUAUAUAUUGAUUCAUGGAAGAAAGACAUGAUUGAUAGGCUUAAUGAUUUAGAGUGCGAGUUUAAUACUUUAGAAGAAAUGAUCGAUGAUAAUCGGAUACUUACAGAGUCGUUUGAGGCAAAAAAAAAUAAGGAUGGUGAAG